AUGUCACAUUCGAAUCUCCAUGAACGAAGUACCACAAAAUCGUCCGAUACAAACUCACGGCCCCGUAGCGGUAUGGCCGAUUUCUUUGCUCCAGAUGUGUUUCAAGCCGUCUUGAGUGAUCCUGUCACCGCCAUUCGUCUCAGGUCGUUUUGCGAGUCCAGCGCGUGUAGCGAAAAUAUUGUCUUCUUGGAAAAGAUUGCGCAAUACAAUCAACUUGUGACACAAGCACGAGAUCUGCUAUCCGAAAUACAUGCCACGUACACUUCUCCAAAUGCGACCGAGCCUGUCAAUUUAACGGAGAUCAUCUCAAAGGAUUUGAAUUCCGCCGUCAACACUGCUACAAAUGUCACGUUCUACGGGAUGCAAGAUAUCCUUGACAAUGCCCGCAAACAUGUAGAAGGCUUGAUCCGCGACGACAUCUAUCCCCGAUUUGUGACACAUCAACUAGCGACAAGCGCGAAAAUGGCGUUAGCUCACAAACGGCAGACGUAUCAAGGACUCGGCGACUGCUUCUGCCUCACAGACCCUAAAGUUGCGGAUAACGCAAUACUGUACGCUUCUGAUGGGUUUUUGGAUGUCACAGGCUACAGUCGCCGCGAGAUAAUUCCACGUAACUGUCGAUUUCUCCAGGGCGCAAAGACUGACCGUACAUCCGUAAUCCACCUGAAGUCUGCUAUAGAUAAUGGACAGGAGAGCGUAACACUGCUUCUGAACUAUCGCAAGGAUGGCACUCCGUUUUGGAACCUGCUGUACGUCGCCCCACUGCGAGAUGAGCAUGGUAACGUAGACUUCUUCCUUGGUGGUCAGAUCGACUGCUCGACGACUAUCCAUGGCAAACCCGAUGUGAUGAGAAUCCUGAGACUGGAAGGUAGGAAUUCCUUCGAGUCACACCGCGACAACUUGGCAGUGGACAAUACGUCAAGCUUGACUGCUGCAUCACCAAGAGAAAAGACCAAAAGGCAUCGUUCUUUCUUCAAGCCGACAUCAAGCGUGAAUACACAAGUCAGACACGGACCGGGCAUGGAAAAUGAUCUGAUCGGACGGCUUGGAAGUAUGAGCCUCGAGUCGCAGAUGCGGAUGUUUCAGACAGCAUACUCCAAGUAUGUUGUCCUCAAGAUGAAGGAUCGUACAGGCCUCAGCGUUGCGCACUAUUCGACGGCCGCUAGGGAGAUGCUACGCCCCAGUCGGACGCAUGCAAUCACUGAACGGAUCAUGAACGAAGAUAUCUUUAAACUUAUCGCCGAACACUCAUCCUCAUCUUCCUCUGUCAUGAAGUCCUACAAAAAGACAGUGACUGAUUUCCUAUCCGAAGGAAAAGCGGUAAGUGUUGAUAUUGAGAUGAUGGUUGCGGAAAGGGCCACGAAUCUGCUGCCCACAGGGCCUGUAGCAAAGACUGGAGGACGAUUGGUCAGUCACUGGACACCUUGCAAGGACGAAGAGGGUCGGGCAAAGUAUGUCGUGCUUGUCUUUGCAGAAGGACAAAACUUGUGA